CAUAUACUUUGUUCCCCCUCAUAUUUCCAUUGACGCUCAGAACAAAACUGCCAAGUACUUCUUCAUUCUUUGCUCAGCUAACGAAUCUCGUGUGGUUUAUCACUAAGCUUCAUCAUGCUUUCUAAGGUGUCUCUUCUCGCAUUUGCGAGCGCCGUCCUGGCCCAGACGAACGGCACUGUCCCAUCGCUCACCGAGGCAUUGAACUCUUCCUCCCAGCUCACCAGCCUGAGUGGUGUUCUUGGCCUUCCAGGCCUUGGUCAGCUUGUUCAGGCUCUCGGCAGCGCGCAGAACAUUACCAUUCUCGCUCCUUCGAACGAGGCCUUUGCCAGUGUCGGCAACGAGACGCUAGCAGCUUUAACCGCCAACGAGGGAUUGCUCACUGCGCUCCUGCAGUACCAUGUCCUCAACGGAUCAGUCCUGUCAUCGGCCAUCACAAACCAGAGCCAAUUUGUGCCCACACUUCUCACCAACGAGCUGUUCACCAAUGUUACGGGAGGCCAAGUCGUCGAGGCUGUUGCCAACGAUGGCAACGUCACAUUUUUCAGUGGUCUUCUUGCGAACUCGACCGUCACUGAGGCUGACCUCAACUUCACUGGCGGUGUGAUCCACGUAAUCGACCGAUUCCUUGUGCUGCCAGAGACCGUCUCUGAUACCCUUACAACUGCCAACCUGACUGGCCUUCGCGGUGCUUUGAACGCGACGAACCUACUCGAGGCUGUCGACACCACCCCGGACGUCACCAUCUUCGCUCCUUCCACCCAGGCUUUCAGUGACAUUGGCUCUCUCCUUGCCAACGCCUCCACCGAGGAUAUUGCCAGCAUUUUGACCUACCACGUCGUUAACGGCACCGUUGGCUACUCGUCUGGUAUCGAGAACGGAACCGUCCUCACAACCCUGAACGGCGCAAACCUCACUAUUACUAUCGGUGAUGAGGGUCGCAUCUUCGUUAACAGCGCUCGCGUCACCAUUGCUGACGUCCUGAUCGCCAAUGGUGUCGUCCACGUUAUUGACGAGGUCCUGAACCCAGGCAAUGCCACCAUUGCGGAUCCCAGCGACGAGGAGGGUGAGGGUGCUUUCCCAGGCGCUACUCCCGUCUCUGAGCUUCCCUUCACCUCUGGACAGCCUACUCCCACCACCUCCAUCAACCAGGAGGCUACCAGCGCUGCUGCCCCUGGUGCCUCUUCAUCCAGCACUGGUGCCGCCGCUGCUAUGAAGACCGGCUCUGUUGGUAUGGGUGCUCUUCUGGGUGCUGCUGCCGUCUACGCAUUCAACUAAAACUGGAGGCCCUUCAUCUUUCAGCACGAACAAAGUGUGUUCGUGAUGCUGAGUAACUGCAUGCUGUUUCUGCACUAAACCAGUUUGGCUUUGAUGCAAUUUGUAUCAUAAUUAUACCUUCUCGGCCAUUACUAUAAUGAAACUGUUUAUGAUGUUAUCAACUUCCUCAGUCGCAAUUGAAAUUUCUCGUGAAUGCAUGGUUUCGAAAGACGGCUGGAGCCGCGUUUGGCCUAGUGCUUUCUUUAUGUUGCACG